AUGUCCACUCAAGACGAGAGGCAGAUCAAUACUGAAUAUGCUGUGUCCUUGUUGGAACAGUUAAAACUGUUUUAUGAACAGCAGUUGUUUACUGACAUAGUGUUAAUUGUUGAAGGCACUGAAUUCCCUUGUCAUAAGAUGGUUCUUGCAACAUGUAGCUCUUAUUUUAGGGCCAUGUUCAUGAGUGGACUCAGUGAAAGCAAACAGACACACGUGCACCUGAGGAAUGUGGAUGCAGCCACCUUACAGAUAAUAAUAGCAUACGCAUACACGGGUAACUUGGCAAUAAAUGACAGCACUGUCGAACAGCUUUAUGAAACCGCUUGCUUCCUGCAGGUAGAAGAUGUAUUACAGCGUUGUCGAGAAUACUUAAUUAAGAAAAUCAAUGCAGAGAAUUGUGUGCGAUUGUUGAGUUUUGCUGAUCUGUUCAGUUGUGAAGAAUUAAAGCAAAGUGCUAAAAGAAUGGUAGAGCACAAGUUCACUGCUGUGUAUCACCAGGAAGCAUUCAUGCAGCUGUCACAUGACCUACUGAUAGACAUCCUCAGUAGUGACAAUUUAAAUGUUGAAAAGGAGGAGACAGUUCGCGAAGCUGCUAUGCUGUGGCUAGAGUACAACACAGAAUCACGAUCCCAGUAUUUGUCUUCAGUUCUUAGCCAAAUCAGAAUUGAUGCACUUUCAGAAGUAACACAGAGAGCUUGGUUCCAAGGCCUCCCACCCAAUGACAAGUCUGUAGUGGUUCAAGGUCUGUAUAAGUCUAUGCCCAAGUUUUUCAAACCAAGACUUGGAAUGACUAAAGAGGAGAUGAUGAUUUUCAUUGAGGCAUCUUCAGAAAAUCCUUGUAGUCUUUACUCUUCUGUCUGUUACAGCCCCCAAGCAGAAAAAGUUUACAAGCUGUGCAGCCCACCAGCUGAUUUGCAGAAGGUUGGGACUGUUGUAACUCCUGAUAAUGACAUCUAUAUAGCAGGUGGUCAAGUUCCUCUGAAAAACACAAAAACAAAUCACAGUAAAACAAGCAAACUUCAGACUGCCUUCAGAACUGUGAAUUGCUUUUAUUGGUUUGAUGCACAGCAAAAUACCUGGUUUCCAAAGACCCCAAUGCUUUUUGUCCGCAUAAAGCCAUCUUUGGUUUGCUGUGAAGGCUAUAUCUAUGCAAUUGGAGGAGACAGUGUAGGUGGAGAACUUAAUCGGAGGACCGUGGAACGAUAUGAUACUGAGAAGGAUGAGUGGACAAUGGUAAGCCCUUUGCCUUGUGCUUGGCAGUGGAGCGCAGCAGUUGUGGUUCAUGACUGCAUUUAUGUGAUGACACUGAACCUCAUGUACUGUUAUUUUCCAAGGUCUGAUUCAUGGGUGGAAAUGGCCAUGAGACAGACUACCAGGUCUUUUGCUUCAGCUGCAGCUUUUGGUGAUAAAAUUUUCUAUAUUGGAGGGUUGCACAUUGCUACCAAUUCUGGCAUAAGACUCCCCUCUGGCACUGUCGAUGGGUCUUCAGUAACUGUGGAAAUUUACGAUGUGAAUAAAAACGAGUGGAAAAUGGCAGCCAACAUCCCUGCUAAGAGGUACUCAGACCCCUGCGUUAGAGCUGUUGUGAUCUCAAAUUCUCUUUGUGUGUUCAUGCGAGAAACCCACUUAAAUGAGAGAGCUAAAUACGUCACCUACCAGUAUGAUCUGGAACUUGACCGGUGGUCUCUGCGGCAGCAUAUAUCUGAACGUGUACUGUGGGACUUAGGGAGAGAUUUCCGGUGCACUGUGGGGAAACUUUAUCCAUCCUGCCUUGAAGAAUCUCCAUGGAAACCACCAACUUACCUUUUUUCACCGGAUGGGACAGAGGAGUUUGAACUGGAUGGAGAAAUGGUUGCACUACCACCUGUAUAG